AGAGAUGUAGUGCACAGAUUACAGGAAGAGGAUGAAGCUGCUGCUAAUACAGAGCUAGCCAGUUUGUAGCCGCUUGCCAGUGGAGACGGGUCAGAAGAAAACUGUCAGGUGUACAGUAGUUUGCCAGUCGAUAGACUUGGUUGUGAAGCGGGGCGUUGGUCCCCUAAACCCCGUUUCAAAUGGCAGAAUAUAGCCAAACGGGUAUCUUGACGGCGCUUCUGCUGUUCACAGUUGUCACUGUAAAAGACAUUUACGUCGGGAGGUCCAUGAUGACUCAACACCCAGCGCAGGCCUCUGACAGCCUGAAUAUGGGGGCUGAUAGUUUGCGGGAUGCCGACCCACAGAGGUUCAGCAAGCAGGCCCUCUACACUGGGCCAGUGCUGAAAUUCCAGUUUUGCAUCUCCUGAGGGUAUAGCAAGGUGUUCCAGGAGUACUCCCGGUCUAUCAGCCAGUUGUACCCGGACAUCCGCAUAGAAGGGGAAAAUUACCCUCCCACAACCAUCAACAAAUAUCUCGGAAAUUUCUUUUCCUACUUCAAACUUCUUGCCAUUGCCCUGGUUGUCAGUGGACAAAAUCCCUUCGCUAUGCUUGGACUGGAGACUCCCAGAGCAUGGACGUGGACUCAAGAAAAUAAGAUAUUCUCGUGCCUGAUGACAUUCUUCCUCAGUAACAUGUUGGAGACCCACUUCUUGUCCACCAGUGCAUUUGAAAUCACACUAAAUGAUGUACCAAUCUGGUCCAAGCUGCAGUCAGGAUACGUACCCAACAUUCAGGAGAUCUUCCAAAUCCUUGAUAAUCACAUUAAGAUGAAUCAAGUUGACAAGAUCUCCUUUCCAUCUCUGUAGUGCUGACGUUUAAGAAGAUUAGUAGGUCUCUGGAGCAGUUGCUCAGGUCAGUGGGACUGCAUUGUGGUGUAAUGAAGGCUUGGUCUGCAAACAGCUAGCUGUGAGGCCAGGCUGGAUGUCCCUGCCACUGACCACACUUCCUCUGCCCUGGGAAACGCUCCUGUGUCCUCGAUCUAAACAAAAAAUAAGCACGCCACUAGCUGGCUUGGAUGACAAGAUCCUGUCAUAUACAGAUAUUUUGUGAGCAAAUUUGAAAUAUGUUAUUUUAAGAGGCUACUGUGAUGUGUCUUGUGUCCUCCAGGGUAGUCCUAUAAGUGGUUUAGUUAAAGAAAGCUAAUGGUUUGCACUGCUGUUGUACCAAGGGCUUUUGUAAUGGGGUCGUUGUUUUUUCAGUCAGCCGUUCUGUGUCAAGUCUCCCUUGACUGUCUGAACCUUUACAUUGGGGACACUGGGUGGAGGGCUUGUUCUGUCCUGCUUGAUUUGACAAAAUUAGUUCUGUUUGAGCUGAAGUUUUGAAAUGCUUGAAGUCUUUGAAUGUGCUUCUUCUUUUUUUACAGCUCUUAUCUUUCAGGUGUUAUCCAUGAUUGAAAUAGUUGUUUUUGGGGGAAGAAAAUGAAUCUGAGAGGGCUAAUUGCUCACUGUUACUUUUAAUGUUAAUUCUGUCUGAUGGAACUUCUAGUGGAGAUGCUUGAUGUGUUUUUGAGUACAAUGAAUUGUCCAACCAGGUUGCUGACAAUGUAAAAGUAGCACGGAAGAAAGUUAAGCUGUACGUGCCCAGCAGCCUAACAAUUCAAAGUAGUGGAUAUUGUGCAACACAACAGUUAUAUUGUAUCUUAGUGAACUUGUGAAACGAAUGGUUAAAGAAAGCACUGCUUGCUGAAUGAAAUGGUAUUGUUAUCUAAUGAUCCCUCUCACUCAGUUUGACAUUGUCAACCACUCCUAAGUAGUGAGAAAGCACUCUUGUUCUUGCAUAUGUGUGUGAAAUCAGAUGGUGUGGCUACAACUCAAGGAUUGAAGCAGAAUAAAAUAUCUGUCUUGUCUUAAAGUAAUAAACAUUCUGAGAGGUUUCA